CAAUUGCAAAUUGUUUACAAAUGUUCGAAUCCCGAGAAGUUAGCAAGCUUUGCUUGAAAACUUGUGUUUUUAAAAUGCCCUGCAAAAUUCUUAUGUGAUCGAUAAAUAUCAUUCAUUCAUAUCCAGCCAUGGACAUCGCGCAACUACAAAAUUUAAUCGAUGCAGAGUUCGAAAAAGCACAAAGCACUGGAAAGCGUGGCCUAAGUUUUUUGACAAAUGCUUUGGAGCAGAGAGUGGAAAGUAUUGCAGCAAAGCAGUUUGAAUUGAAAAAUGUCUUCCAGUCGCUUGAUGUUCAAAUUAGAAGGGUUGAGGAAAUUCAUCUUUCUCGCCAGAGGAAAAACAGACUUUCGUCGUCAGAAGUGGGGAGUUAUAAACAUCUACCAAUCGUUAUUGAGGACGAUGAAGAAGUUCCCGUUGAUGUCCCAGCAUUCGUUGCUUCUACACCGUCAUCUCCAGUAACUACUCAAUUAUCAAUCGUUUCUUCACAAACAUCGUCAGUUGUUUCUUCUCGAACAUCGCCCGUGGUCUCUCGAACAUCGCCCGUUGUCUCUCGAACAUCACCUGUUGUCUCUCGAACAUCAGCCGUUGUCUCUCGAACAUCACCCGUUGUCUCUCGAACAUUGCCCGUUGUCUCUCGAACAUCACCCGUUAUCUCUCGAACAUCGCCUGUUGUCUCUCGAACAUUACCCGUAAGUUCUCGCGCAUCCCCAGUAGGUACACGGGCUUCUACCGUUUGGACUCAAACAUCAACCGUAGAUACACGAACAUCUCCUGUUAUUACUGCAAUUUCCUCUGUUGGCUCAAACAAGGUCAGCGAUGUACUAGUUUCCCUUCCUGAAGCUGUUAAAACAACGGAUAGUACACAUCAAGAUAUAACAGACGAUUAUAUAAGACGGCGAUCGUUGAUACUCGAACAUCCUACUAUACCACCCGAGGGAAGUGAAGAAGAAAUUACCUUGCCAAUUGACGACGUGCGAGAAGUCCCAGAAAUUCCUGAGAAAUCUAGCCAAGAGGAAACUUGUUCAACGAAAACUGUGGCUGAUCUUGAAGUCUUUGAUAAACGUCACUGCCCUACGAAGACCGUUUCGUCCUCAACAACAUUGGAUGUCGUUGAAUCAAACCAAGUCGAGGAUUUGAACUUGCUUACUGCAUCCAUUGAGAAAGACAAGGAAUCACAACAACCCGCUCCUCUUGCGAACGUAACUUCAAAAUAUAUGUCACAAAGUGAAGCGCCUCAAAGCUCCAAAGGGAUGAUUUCAUGGUUGAAUCGCGACCACAGGAUUAAAACGGCUGUCGUGUUCUCGGAAAAGGAGGUUUCCAGGAGAGAUCAUUAAAACAAUCACGGACAAAAACGGUCAGGUGAAGUACAGUGUUAAAUACGAUAAAGGUCCAAAGGGAUUGCUGUCUCUUAACCACGU